AAUGAGGAAUGGGAAGUCAGCUAAUGGCAGAUGACUGCCUGCAUGCAGACAGUUGUUAUGGGCGAUGUUGUUGUUGUUUUUCUUCCGUGAUUCACGAGCCACAGCCACAAAUUCCCAAAUGGCAGAUGGCGGGAGCGCGUUUCCACCCACCGACACGCGUCGACGCUGCUCAGCUGAUUCGGUUUAGUUGUUAGCAACUGUGGGCUAAUCUCGAGACCUGGGCUAUUCCUGUCCGAGUGGAAAAAUACAGCAGGGAAGUGGCUGCUUAUGUCUUGGACUAUUGUCAGCUAGAGUCGAAUACCCUCUCUUCUUCUUCGUGCGAGGCCGCAUGGUGCGCGCAGCGACCCGACCAGUGCGUCACGGACGAGGCGCAGAGCAGCGGAGCGCGUUCCUUGUCCCCCUCUCUCCCCAUGACAUGUGUGUGUAGGGAUCCUGCGGUGAACCCGGCUGAGAGGAAUACUGAUCACUUGCCCUGACCGUCUCUUGCGGGAGGGGGUGUUUGCAAUGGAGGGGGACUUUCUCAAAGGAGACAGCCUCGAGGUGCCCGGUCCAGACAACACGCUGGUGAAGAAGAAUCAGCUGUUGGACCGCGGCCAAUGGGCGAACAAAGUGGAGUUCCUGCUGGCCGUGGCAGGAACCCUGGUCGGGCUGGGGAACCUGUGGAGGUUCCCAUAUUUGUGCUACAAAAACGGGGGAGGUGCAUUUCUGGUUCCAUACGUCUUGUUUCUGCUGGCGUGUGGUAUCCCCAUGUUCCUCCUGGAGACGGCCAUGGGACAGUACACGUCUCAGGGGUGCAUCACCUGCUGGAGGCACUUCUGCCCCUUGUUUGAAGGUAUUGGCUACGCCACACAGCUGGUGAUUGCAUAUGCUGCCGUGUCUUACAUCGUCAUCCAGGCGUGGGCCUUCUUCUACCUCUUCUCAUCCUUCAGUGCAGAGGUUCCAUGGGCCAGCUGCAGAAACACCUGGAACACAGAGUCUUGUGUUGAAUUUGAUAAAACAAAUUUUUCCUCCAACUGGACAGCAAACGCAACAACACCUGCAACCGAAUUCUGGGAGAGACGAGUACUGGGCAUAUCUCAAGGUAUUGAGGAGGUUGGUAGUCUGAGGUGGGAGUUGGCCUUGUGUCUCUUACUGGCGUGGAUCCUGUGCUACUUCUGUGUUUGGAAAGGAGUGAGAUCAACAGGAAAGGUAGUUUACUUUACAGCCACUUUCCCAUACCUGAUGCUGGUGGUUCUGUUGGCUCGUGGACUCACUUUACCUGGAGCUAUGGAUGGCGUAGCCUUCUAUCUGUAUCCUGACCCGACAAGGUUGGUGGACCCUCAAGUAUGGAUGGAUGCAGGUGCACAAGUUCUUUUCUCUUUUGGGAUUUGUCAGGGGAGUUUGACUGCUCUUGGUAGUUACAAUCAGUACAACAAUGAUUGUUACAAGGAUACAUUUGUUCUUUGUCUGGUGAACGGCAUGUCCAGUUUUGUGGCAGGGUUUGCAAUCUUCUCCGUUUUGGGCUUCAUGUCCUACGAACAAGGAGUGCCAAUAUCCCAAGUUGCAGCUUCUGGACCUGGCUUGGCAUUUAUUGCCUAUCCGCGUGCAGUAGCCAUGAUGCCUUUGCCUCAGCUAUGGGCGAUAUGUUUCUUCGUCAUGGUCAUCUUGUUGGGUGCAGAUACACAGUUUGUGAGUCUCGAGUGCCUGAUGACCUCAGUGACGGACAUGUUCCCUACCGUGUUUCGAAGAGCUUAUCGCCGAGAGUUGCUGCUGCUCGGCCUUUGCUGCGUGUGCUUCUUUCUCGGACUCCUUCUCGUCACAGAGGGGGGCUUGUAUUUCCUUCAACUUUUUGACCAUUAUGUUUGUAGUGGCAACAAUCUUCUCCUCCUCUCAGUGUGUCAGUCAAUAGCAAUUGGAUGGAUAUACGGCGCAGACAAUCUCUAUGACAACAUUGAAGACAUGAUAGGCUAUCGUCCGGGGCCAUUGAUGAAGUAUUGCUGGCUUUACAUCACCCCUGCUGUUAGUCUGGGUACCUUCAUCUUUUCAGUGGUGAAGUACAAGCCUCUGAAGUUCAACAAAACCUACGUCUACCCAACCUGGGCCUACGCUUUGGGCUGGUUUCUUGGACUUUUCUGUGUUCUCCUGGUUCCUCUGUGGAUCAUCUUUAAACUUACUCAGAUGAAAGGAACGAUAUCCCAGAGCCUCAGGCAGCUUUGCCGUCCCGAAAACAAGACGCACAACUCAGCAAACCAGCCGGAGCAAUGCCCUCUGAACCCAGACAACACUCUUACUCCCGCUGCCAACGAAUACAAGGGAAGCGGCGGCUCUGAGAUGGAGAUGCAAGUGUGAGGCACUGAACAUUUUUGAUUUUUUUUUAUAUAUAUGUGGUGUGUUUGUUUUAAAGUCUCAGUUUUACAAGCUAAGCAUUUUUUGAAAGGAAUUAUGACGAGCAAUGAAUUCUGCACAAUCAGUAUGGAGUCUAGUGUCACUGUUUUAGAUCCACUAACAGAAUUGAGAAAACAAGUUUAAUAAAGUGAUUAAAAAAAUCAAUUUUAAUAUAAGCAAACCGUUGUAUGAUUAAGUUAAAUCACCGUUUUCAUAUGUCAGUGUGCCACCGGCAUCGAGGAUUAGGAUGCCAGUCCUAAUGAAGUGUCAAACUUCAUUCAUGCAUGCAUUCAUUCACUUUCUGCCUGCCUUCGCCAUAUUACCAACUCUCCUGUCGAGUCCUCCUGCCCUGCAGCACUUUCAGCCACUUCAUUCUUUCCCCGCCCUACUCACCUACUCACCUAUUCCCAAUUCCCCAAUCAGCUCUUAGUAGUUACACUGGCCCCUUCCCACUCAUUCCCUGUCAGAUAUUCUCCUGGGCUUAACAUUGUUUCUUGUCUGUCUUUGCCUGCCUGUUUUCAUUACUUUUGGCCUGCUCCUUUUGUUUCAUCUACCUGCCCUGCUGUGGCACCUCCCUGUGCCAACCUGACAUGGCCUUCUGUUUGGACUUGUCCAGUCUCUGCCUGCCGAGCCUUAAUAAAGGUGAACUGUUUUGAACUUCUA